AUGCAGAGCGCGGGUCAGACAACCACCGAGAUCGCUGCAAACGCCUUCUACGCGUGGGCUGUGCGUAGCCAGGUUUUCUGCUACUACACCCGGUCUCUACCAUUACGUGCUCUGUCUCUGGCGAUCCUCCCUUUCCAUGCUCAGCCGGAAGAGGGACAAGUUCGACCACAUCCUCAUCGAGACCACCGGAGCAUGGCCGACCCCGCGCCCGUGGCACAGACAUUCUUCGUCGACGAGGACGUCAAGGCGGCCUACGAGAGCUGGACGCGAUCGUCACCGUCGUGGACGCUAAGCACAUCAUCUUUGCCGAGGAUCAGCGAGCAGCGCCCGGAGGGCGUAGAGAACGAGGCUCUGGAGCAGGUGGCCUUCGCGGACAGGAUCCUUCUCAACAAGGUAGACUUGGUGGACGACGCCGAGAAGGAGCAGGUGAAGGAGUGCCUUCGCAGAAUUAACAAGUACGCUGACAUCAUCGAGACACAGCAGUCGGCCAUCGACGUCAAGGCGAUCCUGGGCAUCAAGCGGUUCGACCUGGCGCGCGUCCUGGACCGAGUUCGACGACGAGUUCCUGAACGUCGACGGCGAGCACCAGCACGACGGCACGAUUUUCGCGUGGGCAUCCAGUUCGACGGCGCGCUCGACCUGCCGAGGCUGAACGCGUGGCUCAGCCGGCUGCUCGAGAAGCAGGGCGUGGACAUCUUUCGCUCCAAGGGCGUGCUGAACAUAGAGGGGACGGAGGCGCGGUACGUGUUCCAGGGCGUCCACAUGCUCAUGGGCUUCUCGAGCUCGGCCGACAGCGACGUGCGCCCCUGGAGCGCCCGAGGAGCCGCGAACGAACAAGCUGGUGUUCAUCGGCCGCAAUCUGGAUCGGGAGCAGCUGGAGAGCAACUUCAAGGCCUGCGUGGCCUCCUGAGCCGACGCCGCACGCGCGGCUCCCGCCCCCCCCCCCCCCGGGUCCGGGUGUUCGGAGGCGGCUGGGCGCUGCGCUCGCGCGCGGCAGCGGCCGAGGGCGGCGCGAAGACGCUCCAGGCUGCGACAUCUCCCCCC